AUGACGCAGCCCAAGGCGAAAUAUCUCGUAUGCAAGUUUUGUCGGAGAUCCUUCAAUCGUACGGAACAUCUGCAGAGGCAUGAACGCAUCCAUACAAAGGAGAAGCCAUUUACUUGCGCCUGUGGCAAAGCUUUUACCCGCCGCGACCUCCUUUUGCGACAUAAACGCUUGUAUCAUGACGUCAACCUAGCUGCACAAGACCAGAACACUUCUGUCUCCUUUCAAUCUGCGCCGACACCUGGCACUCAGGGAGAGGAUGAGGACGAAGACAUAGUGACAGGCCCAAGCGUUGACACUGAUGUACUAUACAAUCGACAUGAACGCGCGGAUCAUGGCCACAACAACGUUGCAUCGCAGACUUCAAGUACGUCCGGCGUGUCUCAAAUUGCGACAAUGCCCGAAGACCAAAGCGGGGGUGGUGGUGGUGGUGACGAUACAUUGACCCCUCCAGUGGACACUAACUGCUCCAACACUGCUGCUGUUGAGACAGCUUCAUUUUCCGGGACAUCUCACUCCGAUCCCGUCCACGGCUGUGUGGCGAGCACGCCUGCCAUUGCAAAUAGCGCACGGCACCUGGACUCGUUCCAAUUGGUAGACCAAGACGCUCUCGUCAAUCACAGUCAUCUUGGGCACUCUCCUCGCUUCAUCGUGGAUAGUGGUGUGUUGAAUUCAUCGCGAGAUUACAUGGAUUAUUUGUGGGAUGACUUCAACGACAAUCUCAUGAUCGAUGCCAUAACAGGCCUUUCGACGCUGACCGACCCAUUUAUUCCCCUAUGUGCUUCUUCAACUGGUUUGCUAGGUUUUGAAAGCGGAAUUGAUAUCGUCCCCUCCGAAGAUACAGUCAUGCAUCCAAUCCCUGAAUCGGCAGACCCUUUGGAUUACAGAUCUCGCCUGCCUUCCCUGGAACAGGAAGAUCCGCACUUGGUAGGCUCAAGAACCGCGCGCGGAGCCGCUCCUGUGAGGGACGUCCCCGGUAUGCCUUGGAUAAUAUCUAAUGAAGUAUACAACCACAUUCGGACUUUGUUGGAAAACUAUCGCUUCUUAUACACUGCAAGCUUUCUACUUCCAUCCAAGCACACUGUAUGCCGGUACAUCGAAGGAUACUUUUCUGGAUUCCAUGCUCAUCUGCCUUUCUUACAUAUUCCCUCCGUCUCGUUUAGGAUCAUAUCGCCAGAAUUGAUACUCGCAAUCUUAGCAGUGGGUGCUCUCUAUCGCUUCCAAAGAAGACAAUCGGAUCAGCUUUACAUGGCAGCCUAUGCUCUUGUACAACAUAAAGUACAACAUCGCGUACAAGAGAUUUACAGAGACUCAACACCAGCGGCUUCAAAGCAGCCCAGUUCCAAUCCCCAAGUCGAACUACUGCAGGCCAUGACACUCCUCAUUGCACUUAGCACAUGGAACCACUCCCGCUUACUGAGCGAUUCCUUCGCUCUCGCGGCACAACUUGCACUUCUCAUCCAGGAAGGCCAUGGAUCAGAUGUGUCGAAUACUCCGUCCCAAGAUGAGUGGAUCUCUUGGGUCUGUAGUGAAAGCGAGAGACGCACAAAACUCGCCGCUUACAGUUUCCUCAAUCUCCAUUCGAUCGUUUACAACAUUGCACCAAAAUUGAUGACAGCUCAGAUGGGGAAUGUGUUCUUACCCUCGCCCGAGUCCCAUUGGCAGGCUAUAGAUACGUCUAGUUGGCUUGCUGCACGGCAAAAGGAGCAGCACUAUGAGGUUGACUUCCGGACAGCUUUCGCCAAUCUCUUUUGUGAGUGGCCAGCGUCAGAAUCCUUAUGCAAAUCUAGCACCUUCGGAAACUACGUUCUGAUACACGGCAUUGUGCAGCAGAUCUUCUUAUCUAGACACUCCCUCGUGGAUUUCGCCUCCCAGUCUGAAGGAGCAUUGUCGCCUGAGACGGUUACCAAUAUACAGAAAACCCUUCGCAAUUGGCAGCGAACCUGGAACACUACCAAAGGUGCUUCCGUCGACCCAGCGUCACCACAUGGACCGUUGAGCUUCAAUUCGAUAGCACUUUUCCGCAUCGCUUUGGUCAGGCUGCACCUCGACCUUGGACCCUACCGAGGAUUAGAGACACGGAAUCCGCCUUGUAUUGCGCAGUCUCUCUAUCGUAGCCCGGCUCUGCCACUUUCGCGGGUCGCGUGCAGUGUGGUUCUACAACUAGUCCAUGCUCUUGGCGUCAUUAUUCGCAUCGGCAACGAGUUUGUUGCGAAGACACAAGCAUUUUCGUGGAGCAUUGUGCAUCCGAUCUGUAACUUUGAGUGCGCAUGCUUCUUGAGCAAGUGGUUGCUAGCGUCAUCAGAUGCAUUGUCUAGGGGCCAAGAGCUCUCAGCGGCCGAGAAACAUCUUUUGCAAGUCAUCAUCUCCAUAUUGAUAGAAGCAGAGGCUGGCUCCGACUCUGGUAGUCCUGACGCCUUUUCUGUAUCGGAAACCUCGGCAUUGAGUGUGAGACGCAUGGCAAUCGUAAGUGUGCGUAUCUGGGCGCAAAUGUUUGGUGGCGUGAACGUUUUUGAUAUCGUAAAUCCAAUCGGUGAAGGCUUACAUCUCUACGCGUCGUUGUUAGAGGAGGGAAUACUGUCGCCCAGAGAGUAA